AACUGUGGUCCCUCCAGAGCCAGUGCUGUGUCCUCUCCUCUCCUGGCCACUCCUGGAGAGCUGUGCUGUGGGUGGUGAGCUCGAGGAGGUCUAGUCCAUGCGAGAGCUGAGCUGGGAUGGAGCAGGACUCACGUGCCACGUGGGAGUUCAAUGGCUCCUUCCAUCAGCCUUCAGCUUUCCUCAUGCUGGGCAUCCCAGGCCUGGAAGCCCUUCACCCCUGGAUCUCCAUCCCUUUCUGUGCUCUCUACCUCACUGCUCUCUUGGGGAACUGCAUGAUCCUGUUCAUCAUCAGGAGGACCCAAAGUCUCCACGAGCCAAUGUACUACUUCCUGUGCAUGCUGGCGGUCACCGACCUGGGCCUGGCCCUGUGCACCCUGCCCACCACGCUGGGCCUCUUCUGGUUCAACCUGCGCAGCAUCGGCUUCGAUGCCUGCCUCGCCCAGAUGUACUUCAUCCACAUCCUGUCCUUCAUCGAGUCCUCCGUGCUCCUGGCCAUGGCCUUCGACCGCUUCAUUGCCAUCUCCCGCCCCCUGAGACACCCCUCCAUCCUGACCAAGGCCACUGUCACAAAGAUAGGCCUGGCCAUCGUGCUCAGGGGGAUGAUCUCCCUCCUUCCCAUUCCCUUCCUGCUCAAGAGACUGACCUACUGCGGGAAGACGGAGCUGUCCCACUCCUUCUGCUUCCAUCCCGACAUCAUGAACCUGGCGUGUGCAGACAUAAAGGUCAAUGUCUUCUAUGGCAUGAUCAUUCUCUUGUCCACGGUGGGGAUGGACUUCAUCUUCAUCGUGCUGUCCUACAUCCUCAUCAUCAAAACCGUCGUCAGCCUCGCAACCAAGGAGGAGUGUCUCAAGGCCCUGAACACGUGUGUGUCCCACAUCUGUGCUGUCCUGGUGUUCUUCAUCCCCAUGAUCGGCCUGUCCAUGAUCCACCGCUUUGGGAAGAACGUUCCCCCUCUGGUGAACACUUUGGUGGCCUACACCUACCUCCUCAUCCCCCCCGCCCUGAACCCCGUCAUCUACAGCAUCAAAUCCAGCCACAUCCGCGAGGCCUUGCUCAGGGCCCUGCGCAGGAGCAGUGGGGCUGACUGGUAGCUUCCCCCACCAGCUCUGCCAGAAAGUGCUGCUGGACUGGUUUCUCAGUCAGGGACAGCAGACUGGUUUCUUGGUCAGACCUGGUUCACUGCUUUCUUGGUCAGAGCCCUUGGACUGGUUUCUUGGUCAGACCUGGUUCACUGGUUUCUUGGUCAUAGCUGCUGGACUGGCAUCUUGGUCAGAGCUCUUGGACUGCUUUCUUGGUCAGAGUUGCUGGACUGGUUUCUUGGCCAGAGCUGCUGUACUGGUCUCUUGGUCAGAGCUCUUGGACUGGUUUCUCUCAGAGCUGGUGGGCUGGUUCCUUGGUGCUCCAUGCACACAGCAGGUCACUGCCAGAGGAAAGAGCUGCAGAUCCACUCAGAUGCUGUCUCCCAACCCAGAGCUGUGAACUUCCCUGUUGUGUCCCAGCAUGAUGCCUUCAUCCCUUCCAGCAGCCUGUGAACACCCUGAGCAUUAAUGGAACCCCAGUGAGAGGGAGGCAAUUAAAGAAACAUGGGCUGCAUGACUUUGUCUUUCCAAGUCAUGGGGGGGGGGAAAUCGAGGAACCUCUAUCACAUGUGAGACAAACUCGUAGCAGAUAACAGGGUGUGACCUUCAUUGAGAGACCCUUGCAUGGGGUCAUUGUCCCCUCCCCACCUGCCACAGCAGCAACUCCACAGGACAGGGCUUGGGCCAGGAGCUGGGAGCCACCCUGGCUGUCCCAGCCCUUGGCUGUUCAGCUGGAAACAUCCCCCAGGGUGCAGCUCAGUCCAGGGGCUGAGCCCAGAGCAGUUCUGGCCAGGUCCUGCUGAGGGGGCCUGGACACUCUCAACCUCCAUCCGUCUCUGAAAUGCUGUGUUGUGCUGCUUGGGGCAGGGGUUGAGUUAAUUUAGUCACAGGGACUGGUGUGGGGCUGUGUUUGUUUUGUGCUGAACACAGGGCUGAGAACACAGAGAUGGUUUUGUUAGUGUUGAGCUCACCCAGAGCCAAGGCCUUUCCUGCCCCUGGUACAGCCCCACUGGGGAGAUGGGUGGGCUGGGGGUGUGGGAAGUUUGGAGGAAACACAGCUGGGACAGGUGGCUGAGCCAGGGGACAUUCCAGACCAUAGGACAACGUGCCCAGUAUAUGAAGGGUGGGGGAGAAGGAGGAAGGGGGGGACAUUUGGGUUGAUGCUCUUUGUCUACCCAAGUCUCUGUUACACGUGAGAGGGCCCUGCUGUCCUGGAGGAGCUGAACACCUGCUGCUCAUGGAAGAGGGAAUUAAUUCCUUGUUUUGCUUUGCUUGUGUGUGUGGCUUUUGCUUUCCCUAGUAAAGUAUCUUUAUCCCAACCCACUGGUUAUCCAGCUGUCCCCACUCCAGUUCUCUCCCUCAUCCCACUGGUGGGGCAGUGACCAAGGGGUUGCUGGGGCUUGGCUGUUGCCCGGGGUUAAACCACAACACAUGUCCAUCCACAGGGAUGGAAACAGCUCUUUUCCAUCUCUUUUGGAUGUCUUUGAGGCCCUCAAUCUUGCCAAGUCUAAUUAAUAUCCCAGUCACUGUUUUGCAUUAAAUGUCAUGUGUGUGAGCAGCAUCUUCAAUAAAAUGCAUCAGUUCGUUGUGAAAGGGCA